GACCUUUGCUGGCGCUCUCCUUCCAGUCCGACCCAUCUGCGGAACUCUUGCUUGGGACCGCCAGUCAGUGCCAGGUGAAUAUCUCAGAAAAUAUGGCUCAUGUGAGGGACUAUAAAUGGACCCAUUUCCUUCCCUUUCUGGUGGUGUCUCUGAUGUACCCAGCCAGUGCCGAGUAUUCAAACUGUGGAGAGAAUGAAUAUUAUAACCAGACUACAGGGAUGUGCCAUGACUGCCCCCAGUGUGAGCCUGGAGAAGAACCAUAUAUGACCUGUGGCUAUGGUACCAAAGAUGACGACUAUGGUUGUGUUCCCUGCCCCUCGGAAAAGUUCUCCAAAGGAGGCUACCAGAUAUGUAGGCGUCACAGGGACUGUGAAGGCUUCUUUCGAGCCACUGUUUUAACUCCGGGUGACAUGGAGAAUGAUGCAGAAUGUGGGCCGUGUCUCCCUGGUUACUACAUGCUGGAAAACAGACCAAGGAAUAUCUAUGGAAUGGUUUGCUACUCCUGCUUACUGGCACCCCCUAACACCAAAGAAUGUGUGGGAGCCACCUCUGGAGUUUCCGCCAGUCUCCCAGGUACCUCUGGCACUAGCACCAGUUCUCCUUUCCAGCAUGCCCAUAAAGCAGAUCUUUCAGGACAAGGGCAUCUGGCCACUGCCUUGAUCAUCGCCAUGUCCACCAUCUUCAUCAUGGCUAUUGCCAUCGUCCUCAUCAUCAUGUUUUACAUCAUGAAGACAAAGCCUUCUGCCCCAGCCUGCUGCACCAGCCACUCUGUGAAAACUGUGGAAGCUCAAGUCAGCAAGCAAGAAGAGAAAAAAGAAGUGCAAGAGAACGUCGUGAUUUUUGCUGAGAAGGAUGAGUUUGAGAAGCUGACGGCAACGCCAGCAAAGGCUGCCAAGAGCGAGAACGAUGCCUCCUCUGAGAACGAACAGCUCCUAAGCCGCAGCAUGGACAGUGAUGAAGAAGCCGCCGUUGACAAGCAAGGGUCUCCAGAGCUGUGCUUGUUAUCAUUAGUCCAUUUGACAAGGGAUAAAUCUUCCACAAACAACAAAUCAACCGGGAUUCAGAGUCGAAGAAAGAAGAUCCUUGAUGUGUACGCUAAUGUGUGUGGGGUGGCAGAAGGUCUGAGCCCCACAGAAUUACCCUUUGACUGCCUGGAGAAGACAAGCAGGAUGCUCAGCUCCACCUAUAACACGGAGAAGGCCAUCGUGAAAACCUGGCGCCACCUGGCCGAGAGCUUUGGAUUGAAGAGGGACGAGAUAGGGGGGAUGACGGACGGCAUGCAGCUCUUUGACCGGAUCAGCACGGCCGGCUACAGCAUCCCAGAGCUGCUCACAAAACUCGUGCAGAUCGAGCGGCUGGAUGCCGUGGAGUCUCUGUGCGCCGACAUCUUGGAGUGGGCCCAGGUCAUGCCGCCCGCCCCGCAGCCGCCCGUCACCACCUGAUGAGCCUCCGUGGGACCUGCCUCCCUUUCUCCUGGGAUGUGAUUGAGCCGGGAAACCCGGAGCCAGCAACGGGCCUGCUCCCAGGCUUCCUAAAAACUAAGGCUUUUCUCCCAGGUCACCGGGUCACACCUGAGGAGCCAAAGGCAAAGAUGCCGGCUGAAGAAAACCAAGCCAAACACCGUACCUCAUGAAGAUGAAUGGACCAUUUUCAUUUAGCACCUACUCUGUUUUGUAUAGCACUGUGCUGGGCACUAGGGGAAGAUGCGAAGGUGUAUAAAACAGUCGUGGCUCUCACGGAGCUUACGGUCUCAUCAGAGGGGUGGAAUACAUGUACUAGCGGCACACCGUGGCUUUGUGCUGCUGGAGCUAGAGGAGAAAGAGCACUUCUGAGGGGGGUAACCAAGGAAGGCUGCACAGCAGAGGGGCUAUUUAUGGGAAGUUUUGCCAGAGGGUCAUCAUGAACAUACCUCUCAUCUUUCCAUUUCCUAGUGUCAGUUCAGAAAGGUCUGUUAGUUAUUCUAUCUGGCUUUGCAGGGAAACAAUUUCAUUACACUCAAGUUUGUGUCUCUCUCCCAUCAAUAAUUUAACAGUUCUCUCUGUGACUUACAGUGUAAAACAGAUACACAAAGCCAGUCUCAGCGGAUGUAAGUGGUCACUAGUUUCAUUGCUCCCCUGUAUCACAGAUCUGUUGACUUAUCAGAACCUCUCAUUGCAGAUUAAUCACCCAGUAUUUUCCUUAGCCCAAAUUAAGAGACAUCAAAUGUGACCUAGUUUAUGUCCCCUCAGUCAUAGAUAUGAAAACUGAGGGCCAGAGAGGUUAAGACUCAGGGGUCCUCAAACUACGGCCGUGGGCCAGAUGCAGCAGCUGAGGACAUUUAUCCCCCUCACCCAGGGCUAUGAAGUUUCUUUAUUUAAAGGCCCACAAAACAAAGUUCUUGAUUGUACUAUAGUCCUGCCCUCCAACAGUCUGAGGGACAGUGAAUUGGCCCCCUAUUUAAAAAGUUUGAGGACCCCUGGUAAGUAAUUACAAGGUUACACAGCUAGUUAAGAGUCUAAGCAAGGUUUUAUUUAUUUUUUUUAAGAGACUGGGUCUCCUCACCUUGCCCUGGCUACAAAUGCAGGGGUUACUUAUAGGCCUGAUCCCACUCCUGAGCAGCAGGAGAUCUUUGGCUUUUUUUACAAUCUGGUCCAGUUUGGCCCUUGGUGGGGAAGCUGGUGGCCUCCUGCUUCCUAGGGUAUACCCAGUUGAUGGCUUGGAAGUUCCCACCACAGCCUCUUCAUGUGCCUCCAUCCCAUCUCUUUCCAAGUGAAUUUUACUUGGGACAGAAAAAUAUCCAAGGGCCAGCAAGCCUCUGGUAUCCCUCUUUAACAAGGGAGAGACGAUGGUUUACUGAUUAAGGAGAAACAUCACAUUUGGAGACCUUCAUCCUCCAGUAUUCCAUCUCUUUAGAAUCAAUCAGGAAAAGGCAAAGAUCGGAAGGUAGCCAAUCCAAGCACUGUAUCAGAACCUAGAAACCUCCAUCAGUCUAGUUAUAGUCACCUCUCUGAGACUCAGUUUCCCCAUCCAUAACAGGGGUGUGCUCACUUCCAGCUCUGGAAUUCUCUGAUUCUAUCAUCAACAAAGUUGAGGCUCAGCAGAGUCCAAUGAAGAUGGAGAUUUAGGAAAACAACAGUAUUGAAAAAGCUGCACAUGGAAACCAUAUGGAUUUGAAAUACAAAAUAGGAACCAAAGCCAUAAAGUCUUAGAUUUGAAGUUUUCCACAGCAACUGUCUGCCAUAACAUUUAGAGAUAAAGUUAGCAAAGUGACAUUGUUCUUGGCAGGGUAGUUUUCCCAAAACUAUAAUUGCAAAGAGAGUGGCAGCCAGUCCCAGUUAUCACCCCAGUGGGUUAAUUUACAAUUCAUUGCUGAGAUGCUGUAAUGACAGGUUUCACUAGAGCUAUUCCUAAAUUAAAACAAAUUCCGUAGCUUACAAAGUAAUAUUUUUUUAAAUUACAAGUUGCAUGACUGAGCAAUUGCUUCGGAGUGGGGGGGUUGGGCAUGGGGGGGGAGGAAGGAAAUCAGUUGUCUGCUUGAAGCUCACAACUAAUUUUCUACUGUUGUAAAAGUAGAACAUACUGUGAUAGGAUCAUAAUUAGGUCCUGAAUAUUUAAUAUCACCAUUUACAGUCUCUGUUUGCUGCUGUUUUCAGAACGUAUUUUGUAUAUCCUGUGAGCUACAUACUCUGAGGUGAAACUUAAUUAUCCUUUUAAUUCCUCUUUGAAAUCCUAUCUUGCACCCUCUUCACCUUCUUCCCCCUGCUUCGUGCUAAUGAUGAUGAAAGCCUCUUCCUUAAUUAGAUGGUAAAUGCCAUAUGUGAUGAGCAUUCUCUUCUCCAAGAGCAGUUUGUUGUUUGCUUCUUUUAAAAAUUAAUUUCAAUAGGGAAGAGAAGGCAAAACUGCUAUUUCUGUCUUCAGAUAUCUGGCCAAGUCCAGUGAUCAUAUUAGGCAGUCAUAAGUCCGGCCUGAGUCUUGUCAUCUUCCAUCUUGUGGCCACAGGCCAUUGACUCAAGGGAAGGUAGAAACACUUUAAAAAGUGUAUAUUGAUGAAGCUUUGAUGGAUCUACCAGGAGGAGUGUACCUUUGGCUAUCCUUGUCCAUUUCCAGGGAGACAACCAUCAUUUUAUUAUUGCUAAAAUACUCAGAAGAGGAAGCACAGCAUGGUGGAUAAAGUGUGGAUGAAGUAAGAACUAGGUUUAAAACCUGCCUCUGACACACCCUCGCUGUGGGCAAAUCCUUUAACCUCUCAGUAAUCCCAGGCAAUUCUUGGAAAACUAUAUAAUAUAGAAGUUGCCAGUCUGUAUUCGUGCAAGGAGUUUCCAUACCGAGAACUCCCAACACUGAAGAAAUUGUAGUUUUGGACAAAAAAAAAAAAGAGAGAGGAGAGAAAACCAAACUAGGAUAUGCUUGUGUCCGUGAAGUCUUAAUUGCUAAUAAUUUUGUCUGACUCUGUAUAUAUAACUUAUUAUAUUGUACAUUCUAAAUACAUAAAUAAGCUAAUAAAGAACACUAAAUAAUGGUC